AUGACUGGAAAACAUAAGGACGCAUCGACAGCACGGACUGAUAAAAAAACGAACACGCGGACAAAACCACAGGACAAGCAAACAGAUAGACAGGAGAAAGGGAUGGACGCACUUAAAAAACAGUUGAACAAAUGGACAAGUCGUACGAGCAAGGAUGAACUGAGGAUGACUGAGGUACCCUCAGAGGAUGAGCUCUUGGCCUCCAGCCAAGAAACAGUUGAGGGCAAAGCUGUGGGCUACAGUACGCCAACAACUAUAAAUCAACCAACAACAUCCAAUAAAGCCAUGGAGCAAAAGCGUGGUAACAAAGGUCCCUCGAGACAUAAACUCUACCAGAGGUCUCGCGCUAUCCUUGGCAGGAUUCGAAAAAACGAGACCGAAGGUAAACUUCAUCCCAAAGAUGAGACCGACAAGGCAAGGUGUCAAAUGUUGGUUGACGAAUACUUGGCAUUCCAAGCCGCCAAUAAGACAGAUGGCGAAAAACGAAACCGCUCGCAUGACGAAACUGGGAAGGCAACAAAGAAGCACAAGAUCUCGGAUCAGGGUGCAGUUGCCUCCAAAUCUACCAAGCGAUUUAGUGAGGUGGCAUUGGUAGAUGAAACUUCUAACUGCGGAAAACCAAUGCUGGACAAGUGGUCAGAGAUUGGGGUACGGUUGUCUCGCAUAGUCGUUGACCAUGUCAUGGUGAACCCAGAUGGCCAAACCCUAGGUUUCGACUCGGUGGAGGUAGUCCAUGGUUACCGUGUCAUUAAAUGCGAUGACCAAUUCUCACUGCAUUUUCUGACAAACGUGAUUGGUAAAAUCGAGAACAGCUGGGAUGGAUUGAAACUCAAGCUAAUUCCGGAUAGCGAGAUUCCACGAAGGCCGAGGGCUCGCAUCUGGGUACCAAACAUGGAGUUUGAAGCCAAUCAAUUAAUUCCCUACCUUCAGGCGCAUAAUCGCUCGGUGCCGAUGACCGAUUGGUCGAUCAUCAAAGCGGAGGCUCCGCAAAGGCACAGCAUGUCUUUCCUCCUUCUAAUUACAUAA